AUGCUUGCAUACUUCUGCUUUCUGGAGCAACUUCUGGUGUCUAAUCUGGGACCUCGUGCUCUAGCCAUCUCUUUACCUUUCUCUUGUGUUUUAGGUCUCCUUUCAUCCAUGAUAGCUUCUACGAUGGUGAGCAAGAGCUACCUAUGGGCUUAUGCUUCAUUCCAGUUUGCAAUCGUCAUACUGUUCGCUCAUAUCUUUUAUAGCAUCCUCAACGUAAAUGAGAUUCUAUCGGUGCUCCUUUCCUCAUUCACUGGGUUUGGGAUUGCAAUCAGCAUUAAUUCGUUGCUUGCAGAAUACUUGAGAUGGAGGGCAACCCGACAUCUAGGAUCUUCCCGUGAGCAUAUUAAUGGUAGUGUGCAGCAGCAGCAACAACAGCAUGAGCACCAACAGCACCACCGUCACCACCCUGACCAAUAUCAACCUCAUCAUAUUUACCAUCAUCAACUGCAACAACAGUCGAUGGAAAAUCUCGCUAUGGGAUCAACAGAUGAUACCAGGCAUCAGGAAACCAGGAUGCAAAUCACAUGAUGAUGGGACAGGUUUUUUGCCAUAAUAGGUUAGUAAAAUGCUGACUUCUAUGAUAAAAAUACAACUCUAUCGGCACUUGCUCAAUAAUAUGGAUCUUUCCUCUAGUGUCAGCACUAGUCUGGAACCAGUAAUCUUACGAAUGGUGAUUGUGUAGUCAGGGAUGAUCUCAUUUAUAUGUUGGCAAUUGGCAAGCAAUGUUGUCUAUGUAAGAUUGAUAGGGCAUUGGAGUAAUAUACUGUUCUCUUAACGAAAGAGAAACUACAUGUUAUAGGAAUAAUUUCUAAUACAAUUUCAUAAGGGCUCAGUUUUUGUUGUUUGGGGG